AAGUAGCCUCCCGAAUAUAGUCUUCACACUCUGCUGUACAUAUUUAUGUGUCAUUUAUGUUAGUGCUAAGGAUCUUCGAUAGGCGAUAAUGUGUUGCAUAUUUCAAGGAGUGUUCAAGAUUUUCUCGGAUGCUUUCAGAUGUUGUUGUGAUUGCACGAAGAAAAUCGUUUGCUGUUGUUGUUCCUGUGCCCUCCAAAGUUUAUGCUGCAUUAUAUUCGUCGUGUUAAUUAUUGCGUUAGCUAUCGGGCUUGGAAUAUAUUUCGGAAUCUUCCAUAAUAGUGAUGAGCCUGCCGGAAAUACGACCACAACAACCAUAACGCCCAGUAAGCUUUUAGCGACCUUGCUUCCACAAUUAGACGAUUCGAAUCCCGCUAAUUUCGAGUAAACCAUAUGUUAACUGUGAUUGUGAACUCUCGUGAUGUGAAUGUAUUUAAACAAAAUAAAUUAUAGUUCUAAUUAAUACCAUAUAAAA